CGAUACCCUUCCACGCAGACUACCAUUUUCUAUACACAAAUCCUACGUGCGAACCUUGAAGUUUGAAGCGUCAAGUCGAUAAGGACGUGAUUUUAGCCGUGAAAUCGUUGGAGAAUACACAUGAACUCAUGGGAAAUGCUCCUGUGAAGACCGAUCGGCGUACAUGGCAAUGUUCUAGAUGCAUGCGCGAUGGCGCAUGCAUGGUGGGUUUCGUUGCAGUCCCCUCUCACGCUGCUCAGUAUCUCCGCUCGGAGAUAGCAUGAUUUAUGUAGCAACGCUCAAUUGUGGCUCUGAACACUAGCCACGAAGGAGGUACUUAAGGAACGACAACGAUCCCUGGAUGGAUAGCCUACACAGCUAUUGCGUAGCUUACGCACACCAUUCAACUCACUCGAUAUGCCAGCCAUCUCAACCGGCAAUGUGCUCAUGACCGGAACGAAUGGAUUCGUCGGUUCAUGGGCGCUGAAGGUGUUCCUCGAGUCAGGCUUCACUGUCAGAGCUCCCGUCCGUAGCGAAGGCAAAGCAUCCUACCUAAAGAAGAUCUUUGGCGCAUAUAACGACAAGCUCGAGUUCGUAGUCAUCCCAGAUAUCACGAAGGAAGGAGCUUUCGACUCGGCCACUGUAGGCGUGGACGCGGUCGUUCAUAUCGCUUCCCCCGUAACCCUCGACGCAAACCACCCGGACGAAUGGAUUAUCCCUGCAGUCAACGGUACCCUCGGUGUCCUCCGCUCCGCUGCAAAAGUGCACUCGGUCCAGCGGGUCGUCUAUAUAUCCUCCACCGCCGCCGUCAUAGAUCCGACCGCGACUGGGCCGAGAGUAUACGACGAGAACGACUGGAACGAGCACGAUGUGGGCACCUGUCAGAGGGAAGGCCGUGCGGCUCCUCAGGUCGUCAAGUAUCGCGCAAGCAAAACACUCGCGGAGCGCAGCGCAUGGGAAUUUUGGAAAGAGAACAAGGAAAGGGGCGUGAUCGGAUGGGAUCUGGUCUCGCUCUGUCCGCCUUGGGUCUUCGGGCCAGUCAUCCACAAGCACGAGGGGGGCCCCAACGACAUGAACGACUCGACUAAGUUCAUUUAUGAGGCCGUCGUGAAGGGCCAAUACUCGCCUGUUGACCUUGCGUUUAUCGACGUACGCGACUUCGCGCAGGCGAUCCUGCUCGCAGUCACUAAGCCGGCUGCGGGCGGUGAGAGGUUCAUCGUUGCUGCUGCCCCAUUCAGGUGGGAAGAUCUCAUCAUUACAGCGCACGAACUUUCAGGGGGCAAGACGUAUCCUCCUGUCGGGUCAUACAAUCCCGAUGCUCCCUAUAUGGGAAGGACAAAUGUGGCGAAGGCGAAGGCACUCCUCGGACUGGAGUAUCGCACCCAGGAGGAGACGAUCAAGGAUCUGCUGAAAGAAUAUGAGGAGCGAGGGUGGCUCUAGAUCGGGAGAAUAGUACAUCAUGCAAUGGGUCCGAACGACGGAUGUUUCUACC